AUAAUCUGCAUAAACGGAAGCCCUUUUUUUUCUGCACAAAAGGACUUCAUUCCUUUCCCGUCUCUGUUUCUUUUCCACCGAACAAGGGAGACCGCUUCACCAAAUCUUACUCAUUAUCUGACUGCAAAUGUUGCUGCUUCCUCGGCUGUAAAAACCACAUGUCCUUCAUUCUAGGGAGAGUGAAGUUUGGGAAUGAAAGAAAACAGUUAGAUUAUAUUUGGGUGAAUGAAUAUCAGACUGGAAACGGCAAUUGCGAAAGAGGAACCUCUGAUUUCUGGAAAGAUGGAGGUACACAUUCAUUCUCGGACCUCUUAUUGUGUUUCCGCUAGUAAAAUUGAAAGUGAGAAGAGAAACAAAGAGAGAGAAGAGGAGAUAAACAAUACUCUUAGUAAAAAAAGGAAAGAUAGGAUAGAGGGUAUUAGUGAAGAACAUAUCUUGUACAUCCUAGCCCUUCCGUCUCAAUCGUCCAAGAGCAGACAUGAAUCGAAAGUGAAUAAGAGGAUAAAAAGCUAUAAUAAGGAAGUCCCCAAGAAUUUGGGAAGGGACGAACAAGAAAUUGUUAUUUCCCCUUAUUUUAAGGAAAAAGAACAAGUAGAGAAGAAUCAAGUUUUAGGUGAUCAAUUGAAAGAUUCUGGUGGUCUGGUUAAGUGUUCCUUUGAUGAUAUGCUCUCAAGAUUUACGUAUACGAAUGGCAAACUGCUCAACACUCCUGCCAAGUCUUCUUUAAGUGAGAUACAGAAUGUUCAAGGAGCAAGAAUUGUUUCACCUUAUUUUGCAAAGCAAUCAAAGAGUGUUCCUCAAAGGAAAGGAGCUAGAAUUGUUUCACCUUAUUUUGCAAAACAAUCAAAGAGUGUUCUUCUGAGGAAAGAAGCUAGAAUUGUUUCACCUUAUUUCGCAAAGCAAUCAAGGAGUGUUCCUCUGAGGAUAGGAGCUAGAAUUGUUUCACCUUAUUUUGCAAAGAAAUUUCUUGUAUAUCCCUGCCCAUUUCACAAGGCACUUGCAGCCCAAAAGGCUAGAAAAAGACUUCAAAGAAAAGCAGGUGCUACCCUCACUGCUGCACAGAAACGGGAUGAAGCUUAUGAAAGAAAAACUCCUGAUAACACUUGGUCUCCUCCUCGUUCGCCUUAUCAUCUCAUGCAAGAAGAUCAUGUUUUUGAUCCUUGGAGGGUAUUAGUUAUUUGUAUGCUUCUUAACCUAACUACCGGUGUACAGGCUAGAAGGGUAUUGCCAGACUUAUUCAAAAUUUGUCCAGAUGCCAAGACUGCGAUGACGGCUGAUGUGGACUAUGUUGCUGAUCUAAUACACAGUUUAGGUUUGCAAAAGAAGAGAGCAGUCAUGAUUCAGCAAUUAUCUGCACAAUAUGUGACUGAAAGUUGGACCCAUGUAACCCAAUUGAUUGGUGUUGGCAAGUAUGCUGCUGAUGCUUAUGCAAUAUUUUGUACUGGAAAGUGGGAACGCGUCAAACCAGUCGAUCAUAUGCUGGUAAAAUACUGGGAAUUUCUUCGUAAGUUUAAUGCAAAUCCGGUUCAUCAAGCUGCUCCUACCGUUUAAAGUUUAAACUACUCCUUCCCCAUAAAAUUAUACUUAACACUAUAUUCCUUUUUUUCUUAAUUUGUUCCUACUAAUUAACCAAUGUAGAUAUAUGCAUGUUUUUAUUGAUCCCAGAUUGAAUAAUAUUUAAAUGACUGAGGUCACUGUUCUAAUUUCUUCUUUCUUAUUUUUAACUUUGUUACCUUUGAUAGUGGACUUUAAUCACACUUGUUGUUCACCCUUUCUUA